UUGACCGGAAUUUUUAUCGUUGCGAGUCUACGAAUCUAUCAGAUCUAAAGAGAUUUUGUACAAAUUCUUCGGGAGUUUUUUAUUCGAUGAAAUAUUAACGGUCGACGUCGUUAAUUUUUAUCGAAUACUAAAUUAAUUUGUGAUUUAAUUAUGUUCUCAGCAGAAGAUUAGUGUAGUGAAAAGAAAACAAAUAUUUGUGAAAAAUUUAAAUUAAAGUGAAGAGAUUUCUCGUUUCUUCGAUUCAACGGUUCAAGGAAAAGAAACUAGGAAGAAAGGAUAAACCGUAAAAUGUCGUCAGCAGAAUCACAAUCCAUGGGCAACAUCGAUAUUCCUAUGAAUAGCUUUUUAGAUUUUUUGAAGAUUACUUGUCAGGUGAAUGAUUCAAUUCUAAAUAAAGAUGGAAAGUCAUGCCCCGAGAUUGACUACAAUAAGUUGGCUAAUAAUGAGAUUAUAAACAGCCUAUUGCUUUCGAAAAUGAGCAACGAUAUGAAGGCAAGUAGUCAUGAUUCAACAGAAGAUCAAUGUAAGCCCUUAGAAUCGAAGCCAGUUGACAAAUCCCGAGGAAAAUCCAAUGCCCGGUUCAACUCUACUUUCCGAAAAUCCCAAGGUGAUACCUCAGCAAACGGUGUGCCAUAUAUACAUCCGGCAUUGAGCAGUAAACUGGAAGAUGUUAUAAACGAGGGGAUACUUGAUUCAGUGCUUCCGUUUAUAUGCCCACCGAGCUCUUCUUUCAUAUCAAAUCAUCCAAACAAUAAGAGCAACAAGGCAGGGAGUAAACUGCAGGAACAAUCAUCCAGUGUAUUUCCAAAGGUUGUAACGUAUGAAGCCCAAGAAAAAAAGGAGGAUACGUUACCGAAGGAGAGUGUACCACCAGGGUCUCGGAGUCCUCGAUUAGCUUCUGGUGGGGGUGGAAAGGUAAAGGAAACAAGAGUACUAUCAUCGAAAAGGAAGUCAGCUUGCCAUCCGCGUUCUGCUGUUGAUGACACCAGAGGCGAUGUUGAAGUUAUUAUCCACGUUUGCGACGAGGUGAAAAAUACUUCUAAGGAUUUCUCCUGCCCACAAAAUCUCCUGGUUAGUAAAAUGGGUUACUUUGCGGACGUUACAGCUGGUCAAAAGCUAGAAGAUAUGGAUAUAUCUGUUCACUGUGAUAUUCAAAUAUUUGAUUGGCUGAUGAAGUGGGUGAAAAAGGAUCAAGGUACAUCAGAUCCCUUGCCGCAGUUGGACGCAGCGAACGUAGUCCCGAUAUUAGUUUCAGCAAGCUUUUUACAGAUGGAACCACUACUCCUAGAUUGCCUUUCCUUCUGCCACGCGAGAUUAAAUGAAGUUGUUCGGGCAUCAACUAACCUUUCUUGCUUGAAUGAUUCCAUUAUAACUCGCUUGGCAGCCAUGUUCACGAAUUUGGAGUUGGAAAUGGUGAAGGAUAAAAAGGAAAGGGUAACUCCUCGACUAUGGACUAAGAUGAUUCAAAGUUUGUUUGAACCAGAACCACAAGCGCUACGAGGUCACUAUUUCAGCUUAACUGGCUUAUUUCGAUGCAGCCGGUGCGGGAAAUAUAUUACUCAAUCUGUUAGCUCUUAUGUAACUUGCAUUCCUUCGAACACUCGUUUAAACCGCUGGGGACAACUUAUUAGUCAGCACACUAGGGACGGUUCUUGGCAAGUCACUACUUACGUGGCCACUUUAUUUAAAGAGCUGAAGUCAUGGCGUAAAGUUUAUUGGAAACUGUGGGGUCAUUGUCACUACUUGUACUGCUGUAUUUGUGAAUCACACUUCCCCGCAUAUCAGAUGAUGUGGUGUCCUUAUCACUCAGAACAACCGCAAUUCCUAGGGCCAGUCACAGAAGGCCGAAUCGCAGGACCAGCCGGCAGAUAUCCUUGUUGCGGACAGCAGGCCUUCCGAUAUGAAACCUUGCCUGGACCAAACGGAUGUCAAUUCAGAGAACAUAGUGUAGUGAUAGAAUCCGAUAGAGAUCGCGCAAUUCUAACCUUAGCACAAAUUGCUGCAGACGGAAAUUGCCUGUAUGAAGCCCCUCCAAUAAAAACUCAGAAUCAUGGGUACUCAGAGCCUCGUUGGAUUGGAAUAUCACUGAUGCCUACAAAAUGCAGGCACGGUCUUCUUCCAUUGCUCCAUUCUGAAGAAUUCCACGGGAAACUACCGCGACGACUCCGCCAAACAUCAGGAGCGGCCGAUUCUAGUAGCGAAACGGAGUCAAGCGACAGUAAUGAGAAACGAUGUCUUCGCAAGCAACUUUCAAUAAGUAGCGAUGGAUGCGAAUCCGAAGCUAGCAGUCCCCGACAAUAUACUACGAAAUCCCGGAGAAGGCAUGCAAAAACUACAACUGGUAGAUAUUGGUCCGGCGAAAUGUCCGCCCGUAGCAAUCAAGAUAACCAACGCGAAUUCGAGGAAAAAAUCAUGAAGCAAAUUGUUGCAAUGGUCAGUAAAAAGACGGGAAGCGAAACGAAUAUUCAUUACAACACCUACCAAAGUGGCGGAGUUUACGUUAAACUGGAAGCUGAGUGGCGUGAACAGGUUCGGCAAAGGAAUUUCAAUAAAGUGAAACUUAAAUGAAAUGAGAAUGACUUUCGUUAGAAAUUUGUGCAGACAGAAUUGGUUAAUAUCAAAACUAUAAAAAAAAAACUUAGUAACAUAUGCGGCGAAAAAUCGAAAACUUUGGAAAAAUAAAAUUGGUUUUCAUUAAU